CGUUUUAAUGGGUCACAUUACAUAGAGGCCCAGUUGUGAAUACAAGGCGCUCCAUAUCCAGAUAAUGGCGCUCCAGCAGCCGCUGCUGGAUGAUCCGGAGGCUCAAUCCCGCAGUGAUCCUGCAAAGUUUGAGGUAUGGAGAGAAGUAAAGAUGCAAGUUGUGAUCGCAGGACCCAUGAUUGUCGUGGGUAUUCUCAAUUUCAUUGUCCCAAUCUCAUCGGUGAUGUUCGUGGGGCAUCUGGGCAAGUUAUCACUCGCUAGUGCAUCGCUAGCGAGCUCAUCUUGCAAUGUCACAGGAUUCAUUAUCCUUAUGGGAAUGUCGGCUGCGCUGGAGACACUUUGUGGCCAGGCAUAUGGUGCAAAGCAGCAUAGCUUGCUUGGAGUUUAUCUACAAAGAGCAAUCUUUGUUCUACUGCUCAUAAGCAUACCAAUCUCAAUACUGUGGUUUUACAUUGGAGAUGUUCUUCGAGCUCUUGGACAAGAUCCCCUUAUUUCCUCCCACACUGAAGAGUAUGCAAGGUUUUUGGUGCCAGGCCUGUUUGGAUCUGCGCUCGUAUGGCCGUCCGUGAAGUUUUUACAGGCCCAAUAUGUAGUUGCCCCCAUGGCAAUAUUCUCCUUGAUCACAGCGAUCGUCCACGUCUUUUUGUGCUGGAUUUUCAUCUACCAGCUUCACAUCGGUGCCAAAGGAGCUGCUAUAUGUGUGAGCAUCUCAUACUGGCUCAACGCUCUAAUGCUACUGGCAUAUAUAAAGUUCUCCUCGACUUGCAAAACAACUUUCACAGGGAUCACGAAGAAUGCUCUCCACGAUUUUAGAGGGUUUUUCAAGCUUGCGAUCCCAGCGACUGUGAUGAUAUGUUUUGAAGCUUGCUCUUUUGAAAUCUUGACUCUCUUAUCGGGACUAUUGCCAAAUCCUCAACUCGAGACUUCGUCAUUCGCUAGCAUAAUGAGCACGUUAGUCACAUUUUAUAUGAUCCCUUCGGGUUUCAGUGCAGCUGUCAGCACUCGUGUUGCAAAUGAGCUUGGAGCUGGAAAUCACUUGGUCGCAAAAUCAGCAGUGGGAGUUACUUUGUGCAUGGCGGCCUUGAACUCGAUUCUGUCGGUGGUAGUGUUUCUAGCAUUUCGGAAAAGCAUCGGAUGGGUCUACAGUAACGAAACGGACGUGGUCGAACACAUUGCAAGCUUGCUCAAGGUGGCCUUUCUCAUCGCAGCUUGUGAUCCCAUCCAAUGCGUGCUUGGAGGAGUCGUCAGAGGUUGCGGAUGGCAAGCCGUGGGAGCUUUGGCAAAUCUCACGGCUUUCUACGUUGUUGGCUUGCCGACAGCCGUGGUUCUUGGUUUUGUUUUUAAGUUCUAUGGGAUGGGGUUGUGGAUUGGAAUAGCUUGCGGAAAUGCGACUCAGACGAUAAUCCUUUGCUUCCUCACAUUUUUUAUGAACUGGGAAAACCAGGCGAAAAAUGCACACGCUAGGAUUUCCCGGUCGUCGUUGCUGGAGGAGUAGCGAAAAAUCUACCAUUUAUCUGUGUCUGUACGUCUAUUGUUAUGUAAUAAGUAUGUAUGUCAUUAUCGUUGAUCAA